AUGUGGCUGCUCCCGGUUCUGUUCCUUCUCGUCGUCCAAGGCCACUUCUGCACCUGCUUGGAGAGAAUGGUGAGAGGCAGAGAGGGGGGCACUCUGACCACAUCCUGUGAGUAUAGCCCAGGAUGGGAAUCCUACAGGAAGUGGUGGUGUCGUGGGAAGAAUUGGAAUUCCUGCAAAAUCCUUGUUAAGACCACUGGGUCAGAGAAACUGGUGAAGAAGGGCAGAGCGUCCAUCCAGGAAAAUCGUAGCCGACGCAUAUUCACCGUGACCUUGGAGGAUCUCCGUCGGGAAGACGCAGACACCUACUGGUGUGGGAUUGAGCGAACCGGCAAUGACCUGGGGUACAAAUUUUCUAUUGUUGUCGACCCAGCCUCUGAUCCAACAGACUCUCCCAAGCCUGUAGCAAGUACAAGGCUGCCCAGUUGGACUUCCUCUCGUCCAUUUCCCCAGGGCAUCAACAGCAGCCAGCCCAUGGAUUUGAAUAGCCCGCUAACCAGAUCAGCGACCCUGGCCAUCAAUGUAGCAGCAGAGAAUCCUCCUGUGUGGAUCCUCCUGGUACCUCCUUUCCUUGCCACCCUUGAGUGGCUCUGCCAAGGAUAAAUAACUAUUACAUCGUUCAGGACUCUGGCCAAUGAUGGGUUUUCCAAUUCCAGACCAACAAGUAAGCAUAAAACCUCAAUUAAACCAAAAGCUUGAGAUUGUGUCCACGUGGACAAAUACCCCUGAUGGGCCAGCUGCACACAAGUCCGCCAAUUCCACCUUCUGCUGCAUCAGUACC